AUGGCCGAACCUCCUGUCAUCAUAUGGGAGCAGGACGUUGGACGUCUGCUGCUCUACAGAGACCUGGUCCCCCGUCUGGAGGACGCUUUGGGGAAGUUUUCCAGGCGGGACAGUUCGGAGGUGGUCCAACCCGUUCGCACAGCGGUGCCGCUGCAGAAACACAACGGGUUCAUGGGGUUGAUGCCUACAUACAUGGAGAGAGACGGAGUCUUGUCCACCAAGAUUGUGUGUUUCUACAAUCGAGAGGAAGGUUCCAGUUUACCAUCUGUUCAGGCCACGGUGGUGUUGCUGGACCCAAAGUGUGGGAACGUCAAGGCUGUCAUGGACGGAGAGGUCAUCACAGCCAUGAGAACUGCUGCAGUCUCAGCCAUCUCUGCUAAGCUGCUGAUGAGUCCAGGAGCUGAGGUUCUGUCCAUCCUGGGGACCGGCAAACAGGCUCUGAGUCAUUAUAACGUCUUCACUGAAAUGUUUCCAUUUAAAGAGGUUCGAGUUUGGAGCCGAACUAAACGGGGCGUGGAAAGAUUUGCCCGCUCAGUCGGAGGCCCUGUGAGGGGCUGCAGCUCGGUGGAGGAGGCGGUGAGGGGAGCAGAUGUUAUAGUGACUGCAACUGGGUCAACGGAGCCGGUGGUCUUUGGUCAGUGGGUCAAACCAGCAGCUCAUGUGGCAGCAGUGGGAGCAUGCAGGCCGGACUGGCGGGAACUGGAUGAUGCGUUGAUGAAGGAUGCUGUGGUGUACGUGGACAGCAGGGAGGGGGCAAUGACCGAGUCUGGUGAUGUCAUCCUUUCUGGGGCCGAGGUGUUUGCAGAGCUCGGGGAGGUUAUCAACGGAACAAAAGCUGCUCACAGAGCGAAGACAACCGUGUUCAAAUCCCUCGGAAUGGGAGUUGAAGAUGCAGUGUCUGCUAAGCUGGUAUUUGAUCGAUGGACAGCCCAAAAAUGUUGAUUCUUCUGUCUUCUUUUUUUAUUUUUUGAUCUUUUUGAUUCAAACUCGCACAAGAUGAUCAAGACUGAAAUGACAUGGGAACUAUCACAAAAUCUUAAAAACUUGCCAGUAAUGUCUUAACGGGUCACUUAGUUAAUGUAAAGUGCUCGGUAGAUGAGUUGACGGAUCA